UCUAGCAGCAGUCCCGCAGAGCAGAAGUACCAGCAUGGCGCUCGGUGAGGCUGGAGUUCCGUUGUCUCUCUUGUAUUGUGUUUCUCAUGUCAGGUUUUACUCCACUAUCUGAUAGAGGUCUGCGAUUCCUGCGCGGUGUGCGCCUCUAAACAAAACCUGUCUGGGUAAAAACGGCAGCAUUUUCCUGCUGGAUACUCACAGAGAAGUGGUUUGUAGAUAUCUGAGAAGGCUUGCUAACUAGCAAGGAGGCAAAAAAAAAAAAAUUACGGGAGAUACAGAGCAACAAGAGGAGGAGUCCUGUUCUGGAAGAGCUGAUGCAGGUGCCAUGGCAAUAGCCGAGGCAUGGGAGUGACGUGACAGUACUUGAUGUGCUUCCAAACAAAAACCUUAUCAGCAUCAUGUUUUUCUGCUGAAUUAGAGGCAGAACACACAGAGAAUGGACGAGUCCGUGUUGUUGGAUUUGCUCGAGUGCCCCGUUUGUCUCGAGCGGCUAGAUGCCUCGGCAAAGGUUCUUCCUUGUCAGCACACCUUCUGCCGGCGUUGCCUCCAAGGUAUCCUUGGCUCACGCGGGGAGUUGCGCUGCCCAGAGUGCCGGACGUUGGUGGAUUGUGCCGUGGAUGAACUUCCCAGCAACAUCCUACUUGUGCGGCUCUUGGAUGGAAUCAAGCAGAGGCCACGGAGGGUUGGUCCUGGGGCGGCAGUCUGCACAAAUGGUACAUCUGGAGCCAUGGCCAGGGCACAUGGAAGUGGAUCCCGGGACCAGGGCACCCCGGGAGCACAACCCCAGCGAGCUCAAGCUAAGAGCACCCUCGUCCGGGGCGUACCCCAGCUCCCGUGUGCCAAGGCGCUCUACAACUACGAUGGCAAGGAACAAGGAGACCUCAAAUUCAGCAAGGGUGACAUUAUCAUCCUGCGUCGACAAGUGGAUGAGAACUGGUACCACGGUGAGAUGGGUGGAGUCCACGGCUUUUUCCCCACCAACUUUGUCCAAGUUAUUAAGCCGCUGCCACAGCCGCCACCUCAGUGCAAAGCUCUCUAUGACUUUGAGCUCAAAGAUAAAGAGGCCGACAAGGACUGUCUGCCCUUCUCAAAGGACGAUAUCCUGACUGUGAUCCGCAGAGUAGAUGAAAACUGGGCCGAGGGAAUGCUGGGAGAUAAAAUUGGAAUUUUCCCCAUCUCGUAUGUUGAGUUCAAUUCGGCAGCUCGGCAGCUUAUAGAGUUGGACAAGCCGUCCGACUCCAGUGGAGACUCCGGGGAAGGGGCCUCCUCAGGGCCUCAGACAAAUGGUGCACACCGGGCAGGGGAGAAGAAGAACAGCAAGAAACGACAUUCUUUCACCUCGCUCACCAUGUCGCACAAACCCAUGCUAGCACCUCCCCCCCAGCGCCACUCCAUGGAGAUUAGCGGUCCGGUCCUCAUCAGCUCCAGCAACCCUACGGCAGCAGCUCGAAUCGGAGAGAUCAGCGGGGGCCUCUCCUGCAGCGCACCUUCACAGGUACAUAUUUGCACAACUGGCCUAAUUGUGACCCCGCCUCCUAGCAGUCCUGUUACUACAGCAACCGUCUUCACAUUUCCCUCAGAGACGAGCUACACAUCCAUCCCUGUGGAUGCUCUCCCACCACCCCCACCGCCUCCCCCCCAGUCCUCCGUUGGUGGAGCUGCAUAUUCGCUGGUUGCCGGACAGAGACCCUCCCCCAGCAUAAGCGACCAAAGUGGGAGACAAAGACCCACAGUCUAUGUGGCAAUGUUUCCCUACACUCCUCGAAAGGAGGAUGAACUGGAGCUGAGGAAAGGAGAGAUGUUUCUGGUGCUGGAACGCUGUCAGGAUGGCUGGUUCAAGGGCACGUCCAUGCACACGGGAAAGAUUGGAGUGUUUCCUGGGAACUACAUGAGCCCCGUCAGCAGGACAGCGUCUGGGAGCUCUCAGCCCAAAGUGCCCUUGAGUCUGUGCACUCAGGCAGGCAGAGGUGUCACCAUCGUCAGCCCUUCUUCUGCUCCCCUUGGAGCCAUUGUUUCAGGGCCUGAUUUUAACAAACCGCUGACUGUAUGCCCCGCCGUUGCACCUGCCAACUCCCAGCCUGCAGCGGUGGUCACCACAGCUCAAACAGCCACAGGCCAACAGCCAAAAGUCUCGCUGCACGUCACCUCCCAGAUGACCGUGAAUCAGGCUCGCAACGCGGUCAGGACAGCUGCAUGUCACAGUCAGGACAGGCCCACAGCAGCAGUGACACCAAUACAGUCUGCAACACCCGUGACGUAUCUCCCGCACCUCGCAGUGUGCUCGCAGCCCGGGUCAAGCCCUGCACAAGGCUGCACUCGAGUAGGGGUGGCAAUGGGCUGCGCAGCUGCCUCCUUGACCCCACCCAAUGUCAGCGCUGCAUCUUUGGAUAGUGACUCUUUGAGACCUGUACCUGUCCUCGCUGUGCCUGUCAACCCUGGGAGCAACUCCGCUCUCAAUCCCACAUCUAACAAUGCAGCUCCUGCCUGCAGACUGGAUAAAGACAUCAAGAGAGAAAAGAAAAGUCUUCUGAAGCUGUUGUCCUCCAAUAAGAAGAAGUCUCGCCCUUCGCCCCCCUCCUCUCCUACCCUUGAGGCUGAGCAGGCCGCUGCUGCUGGAGAGCUGCUACAUGGCGCUGUGGGCCCUGACACCUCCCCUCCCUCUGGCCCAGCGAGCUGCCUGGACUCUGAACCUGCUGCUGCUUCUGCCUCGUCAUCCUCCUCCUCCUCAGUCCCAGAGUCCUCCCAUCGGAAGAGCAGUCCCCUUGAUGGAUGUGUUCCUAUCGCUCCUCCUCCCCGCCAGCCCUGCUCCUCUCUUUUAUCUCAACAGCAUGACGCACGUCCCAUCAUAUGUGAGAGGUACAGGGUGGUUGUAUCAUAUCCUCCCCAGAGCGAAGCAGAGCUGGAACUUAAGGAGGGCGACAUUGUGUUUGUUCACAGGAAGAGGGAAGAUGGCUGGUUCAAAGGCACGCUGCAGAGGAAUGGCAGGACGGGACUGUUCCCUGGCAGCUUUGUAGACAUCAUUUAAUACACGCACGUAUACACACAAACACACAGUGAUCCAUCUGACUGCUGCUAGCCUCGUUAAGGUGUCACUGCUCCCAAGGUUGCUUGGACAGGUCAACCACGAUGACACUUCAAGUCUUGAAAUAGACCACUCGAGAGCGCUGCAGAGAAAAAUCAAUGAAAGCACAUUGGACAGAGUUAGAGGAGAGCACACACUAUUCAUGAACUUUUCUUUACUUUUUUUUUGUUGGUUAUUUAUAUCUUUGUAACAAUUCAACUGUUAAAUGUGUGCCUUGUACUGUUCCUCACUUUAUUGUACAUAAGGACACAAAUAUGAUUAGUCCUAAAACAUCCAAUAUGAACUGUUUAUCCGUAUGUUACACAUUUUAACUUAUUUCAUAGAUCAACCUUUUUGUAGUGCCACAUGUUAAGGGGUUAAGUAAAGCACACGCCUUAUUUUAAUACAUCGGAUUUGCUUUUCUCUAUAUGACUGCUGUUCAGACUGUCAGAAGGCAGUUGUAUUAGGUGGAACAGAUCAGAACAAAUUGUGCUGCAGAGUAGAAAAUAAGAUACUUCUCCUCCUCCGAAGGCAUUAUUGAAUCCGGGGGAUCCUAACAGAGAUCUGCUGUAUUGCACAUUUGAGUACUCCGCUUUGACAAAUUAUUUCUGUGUGCCAUUCACAGGCAUCUAGUUUUUUCUCGCAGUGUGGUUGCAGUGUAAAGGGCUGAUACUGCAUUGAUCAAACAUUUGCAUGUGAUUAGCAAAGCCAUCCGCAGGAGACAAAGUGCUGCGGGACUGUUUGGCUCUGCCGUUUUUAAUAUGCGAAAAACACACUCCAAAAUGGACUCAAAUGAUGCUUACUUUGUACCUUCUUUAUAUUUACUGACCAGAGUAGCUGCUCUCCUAACCUCCCUCGGCAGUAGCCAAACCUGGACAGAGCGCUCCAUCACGGGAGCGACAUAACAUUUCAGUAACAGUGCACGGCCGAUUCCUUUCAGUGUGUAUUUAUUUUCUGUUAGCUACACAUUUCAGAGACGCUGACACCUGCUGCUCGUAGAGAGAGUGUCAUAUAACUAAUCGGACACAGUCGCCCCUCAACGGGCUCCGUUUGUGAACACGAACUCAUUCCUAAUGUGACUUGUGGCAAUAAGAAACACUGCUAGCUAAAGCACAGAAUGUUUGCCUAAAGUAGCAUGUUGUAUCACUCCACAGGAAGAGGUGCAUUCAAUCUGUUGAAUCCAAUCACAAGUUUUUAUUGAAAUCAAUCACAUUGAGCCCUUGAUUCCCCCCCCUGUUUUUCAUUGUUAAGCGAUUCAAAGUUUGUUUCUUGUUUUUCUGUUAAUUGUUGUACUGACUUGAAUUACUAUAAGAUUUCUUAGUGAUUGGAGGGGAUUUGGCUGUAGGUUCGGUGCUUGUUGAACUGAAAAUGAAUUAGCAAUUUUAGAAUACUUUUUAAAAAAAUGAAAGUGUAAUCUUCAUAAAAGAUCAUUCUUCUUUGCCUUGAAGUUGACCAGUUAUGCUCAUUUUUAAUUUUGGACUCGAGUAUUAGCUUUGCACAACUCACAGUUGGAAAUAAUCCUUCUUUAUCUUAUACUGGGCAUUGGUGCAGCCUCUAAGUUCUUCCUCUGAAACAAGCAGUUUAGUUCCUCUACUUUUAAACCAGCUUUUAUCUGAUUGGCUGCACCUAACAAACAAAAGGCUUUUGAUGAUAGAGGAGCCAAAAUUGUUCAGGAGGCAUGCGGUUUUUCACUCUAAGAAGGUCCUGGGUUCAAAUCCAGCAGUGAGUUGGGGCAUUUCUGUGCAGUUUGUAUGUUCUAUGUGGUUUCUCUCCAGGUGUUCCAGCUUCAUCCACAGUCCUUAGACUUCCAUUUUUAGCUGAACUAGUGUGAAUGUGAGCAUGAAUGGAUGUCUGUCAAUCUGUGUUAAACCUGUAAUAGACUGUACCCCACAUCUUGCCUAUUGACAGCAGGAAUUGGAUAGGUAGAAGGAAGUGGACAGAUGGUUUCUCUAUUAUUAUGUUAACAGUUUUAAUCUGGUUAUCUUUUAGUUAUUAACUUAAAGAAAUUUUUAAAAAAAAAGUGUUUUUAUUGGGGAUUUUCCUGAAUUUUAUAUAUUGUUCACAUAAUUUGGGAAGCAUGGUGUUACAGUAGGAACUUCCGGUCCAUCCGGCCGGUGUCCUCUGUGAGACGGCAUCAUUAGACGACAAUGGAAUCAAGAAGAGGAGAGGCGAGGGCAAUGGAAAGCCAAAGAGCCGAUCCAGCUGGCACCUCUGUCAUACAUCACUUUUGACAGAAACCUUUAGAUUGAUCGUGUCAACUUUAAAAAAAAAACAAAAAACCCCAAACUCACUUCCAGUUUAGAGGACUAAACGUACAACAGUGUAAAAAAGAUAACUGUGUUUGCUUGAUUUAAAACACAAUACAUGAAGUAAACCUGCUAGUGAAAUAUGUGCACCUUUAGUUGUUUGAUCCUGAUCAAUCAGAUUUAAAUUUAAAUCCAAUUCACUGCCCAGCCUGCGGUGGGUCGCUCUGCUUAUAGAGCUACAUUGAGUCUACAGCUUAGCAGUUUGUGCUUAGAUUGGAUCACUUUUAAAGUCUUCUACCUGGUUUCAAGUCAGUAUGAUUAGUGUAGACACACUGGGCUCAGGUAUAAAUGCAAACAAUGACAGGACCAAUAAAUAAAGCUUGAAGGAUAGCUUUAUUCAGAAGGACAGGACGCUGACAUUUUACAGAGCCAGAAGUAGAAAAAUCUGUCUGAAACCAGGAGUUUACUGCACUCUGAUGCUCGAGCUUAAUUGGUGACCUCAUUAUGUCAAACUUUGGCCAUUUAUAAUAAAGCAUCCACCUUUGUAGCAAAAGCUGUAUCACAGAAAAGAAGGAAAAGCAUGGUAGGUUCACUUUAAAAAGCCCUCUGAAAAAUCAAUGAAACCCUUUAGAGUAAACGCAUUACUGUGAACCCACCCCCCACCUCCUCGCCUAAGGGCACCUCACAUCAGUUAAUGUAAUGUGACUUAUUCAUCAGAUUUUUUCAGGAAGUCGUUUGAGGUCCGUGGGGUGUUUAAACAUGUUGAGGCAAUCACUGAAUCGUGCCAAAUUUGGCUUUGAGAAGGAGUUUAACGACUGAUUUAGACCCAGAGUUUCAAGCGUCUGUGAUAAUUAUUUUUUAAGUCUUUUGUUGUUAAUUGAGGGGACCACUGUGUAACUGACUGCUGGAAAUAUGUUGUCAUUUGCUUGAAAUUUGGAGCGAGGGCGGAAAGCGAUGGUACAAAUCACUGUUAGGGCUUCUUUUUAUAUAGAAUUAAUCUGAUGUUUUCUUGUCGUCUUGGCCGUCACCACACCAACCUCAGGCGCUCUGCUCAAACUCUCCCUCAUCGAGUGUCUUUUCAUUUCACUGGGAAGCCUUUAAUAUACAGACAUACUCCUACACAGAGGCACACAGUUAUACUGGCGUACACACUACCGCACCGUUUCAAAUCAUACUGACGUCUCGUACAUGUUUUUCAUGCAUAGGCUGCACAGUUUACAACUCAGAAUAUGAAGCAUAUUGAAUGAAGACUAGUAAUUAUUUCUUAAAAUAAUUACUAGUCUUCAUUCAUCCAAACACACGGCAACAUAAGUUUGCUCAAUCCAGCUUAACAGAUUUCUUAUAUGCCAAGGUGACUUACUUGAUUUUUUUUGUUUUUUUUAAGUCUGUCGAUCAUCUGUUAUGUCUGAAAAUGAUGAAACUGAAAUUGACGUGUUUGGCACAAAUCUGUUAUGUGAAAAACAUUCUGAAGUAUUUGAGGGAAUCGCACUUUUUUUUUUUUGUUUUUUUGUAAAAAUCUCUAA